UAUGAAUGAAAGAGAUCGUUGAACUAUUUGAUGUGAAGUUGUUUAGUAUUGCGAAUAACAGCCAGCGCAUGCGUAGUCGUCCUAGCUCGGCAUUUAGAAUUUGCGCUCCGACCACCGGCCUCAUCACUCAUGUAAUCUUGAUCUCGACAAACGGCGUAUACGUAGGCAAAAUGAGUGUCGAAAAUCCAACCAGUGAUAAUGACUGUGAGUCCGGAAAAGUUAAUGGUAAUAAGAGCGAACACGUGAAUGGUAUUCACAACGGAUACAGUAAUUCUGAAAAGCAUAAAAACAGCCACAAAUCGUCUAGCAAGGAUAAACACCGGGAUAAGGAUCGCGACCAUAAGAGCUCUUCCAAACAUAGCAGUAGUUCUAGCAGAGAUAAGGACAAAGACAGGCAUUCUAGUAGUAAAAACCACAGCAGUUCCCAUAAAUCAUCAAAUAAGGACAAAGAUCGUGACAAGGAUCAUAAGGACAAACACAAGGAACGCUCCGAUAAAGAACGCAGCGACAAGGAUAAACAUAGGAGCGAUAAAGAUAAACACAGAGAUCGUGACAAGGAAAAGAGUGACAAAGAGAAAGUAAAAAAUGAUAGGGACAAACACAAGUCCAGUGAUGGAGAAAAGAAAAGGGAUCAUUCUUCUAAGGAUAAAGAGCACAAAUCUAAAGACAGGGAUAAAGAAAGGCAACAUGAUCGACACAAGAGUGACAAAGACAAACAUAGGAGUGAUAAGCACUCAAGUUCAAGAGACAAAGAUAAACACAGCUCCAGUAAAUACCGCGAGAAAAAUAGCAGUGAAUCAACCAAUAAAAUAAUUAAAUCUGAUUCUGAUUCUCAAGAUUCACCAAUGAAAGAAGAACGAUUGCAGAUUGAUGAAACUCGAAUAAAAGAAGAAAUUAAGGUAGAAAGUGAUGAUGGAUAUGCUGGAGCUAACACAACUAUGUCCUCUUGUGACUAUUCACUGUCGCAAUUCAAAGAUGAGCCUUUAUCUGAAUUGCCACCAGAAGAAGAUAGUGAUGAUGAACAGGAUCAACCUUUGACAUCAAGGAAAGUAAAGAAACGUGCAGCAAGUGAAGAAGAGGAAGAAGAUACUCCAUUGUUGCAAAGAAAAAAAUCCAAAAAGAAAAUAAAAAAAGAGCCAAGUGAGUUUGAUGAGGAUGAAGAAGAAGAAAUGCCUAAGAAGAAGAAAAAGAAGGCAGAAAAACGUAAGAUUGAGAAAACAGAACCUGUAGAAAGUUCUAGUCCAACCAAACGCAAGAAAAAGGAUGGCAAGGAAGAAGAACAGGAAGUUUGGAAAUGGUGGGAAGAACAGAAAAAUGAUGAUGGGACGAAAUGGCGCUUUCUUGAACACAAAGGACCACUUUUCGCGCCGCCCUACGAACCUUUACCAUCAAAUGUUAAAUUCCGUUAUGAUGGUAAAGAGAUGCGACUAUCUCAAGAUGCUGAAGAGGUUGCAGGAUUCUACGCCCGUAUGCUUGAUCAUGAUUAUACCACAAAAUCAACAUUCAAUAAUAAUUUCUUUAACGAUUGGUGUAAGGUUAUGACAUUUGAAGAAGCUAAAAUUAUUAAAGAUCUUUCCAAAUGUGAUUUUAAAGAAAUGCAAGCCUAUUUCCAAAGUGUCUCAGAAAAAAAUAAAAAUCGUUCAAAAGAAGAAAAGGCUGCUAUUAAAGCUAAAAACGAAGAAAUACAAAAAGAAUAUGGCUUUUGUAUAAUUGAUGGGCACAAAGAAAAAAUUGGUAAUUUCAGGAUUGAACCUCCAGGUCUAUUUAGGGGGCGAGGUGAACACCCCAAGAUGGGUAUGUUAAAACGUCGUGUAAUGCCUGAGGAUGUUUUGAUUAAUUGUUCUAAAGAUAGUAAAAUACCCAAGCCACCUUCUGGCCAUAAAUGGAAGGAAGUCCGACAUGAUAAUACCGUAACAUGGCUUGCAUCAUGGACAGAAAAUGUACAGGGUCAAGCAAAGUAUGUUAUGUUAAAUCCAAGUUCAAAACUUAAAGGUGAAAAAGAUUGGCAAAAAUAUGAAACAGCUCGCAAAUUGCACAAGUGCAUUGAUAAAAUAAGAGAUCAGUAUCGUCUUGAUUGGAAAGCAAAGGAAAUGCGUGUGCGUCAACGUGCUGUAGCAUUAUACUUUAUUGAUCGGUUGGCAUUGAGAGCAGGUAAUGAAAAAGAUGAUGAUCAAGCAGAUACAGUUGGCUGUUGUUCGUUGCGAGUUGAACAUAUUGAAUUGCACAAAGAAAAAGAUGGAAAAGAAUUUGUAGUUGUGUUCGAUUUUCUUGGUAAAGAUUCAAUUCGCUAUUAUAAUGAGGUGCCAGUGGAAAAACGUGUGUUUAAAAAUCUUGAAUUAUUUAUGGAAAACAAAAAAGGCAGUGAUGAUCUAUUUGAUAGACUCAACACACAAACACUUAAUGAUCAUUUAAAGGAUUUGAUGCCGGGAUUAACCGCAAAAGUCUUCCGUACUUACAAUGCGUCUAUUACUCUUCAAAGACAGUUGGAAGAAUUGACAGAUCCAGAUGCUACUGUACCAGAAAAAAUUCUGGCCUAUAACAGAGCGAAUCGUGCAGUUGCUAUUUUAUGUAACCAUCAGCGUGCAGUGCCAAAAGGUCAUUCGAAAUCAAUGGAAGCUCUUAAAGAGAAAAUACAAGCUAAGAGAGACCAAGUUGAUGAGGCUGAAGAAGAUUUAAGGGAAGCAAGUAAGGCUGCUAAAAGAGGUUCUGUCAAGGAAAAAUUGGCUUGUGAUAAAAAGAAAAAGGCAUUAGAACGUCUUAAAGAACAAUUGAAGAAACUAGAACUACAAGAAACUGAUAAAGAUGAAAAUAAAACAAUUGCACUUGGCACUUCUAAACUGAAUUAUCUCGACCCCCGUAUUUCAGUUUCUUGGUGCAAGAAGCAUAACGUGCCCAUUGAAAAAAUUUACAAUAAAACACAGCGGGAUAAAUUCCGUUGGGCCAUAGACAUGGCCGGGCCGGACUACGUGUUCUAGAAUCAAUAUAGCAUUAGCUAUUAUUAUAUAUAUUUUGUUUCGUCAGUAAACGUUCCACUUUAUACAUGUUUAUUAUCUUGAAAUUAUUUAUUGUUUUAUGUAUUUUUGACGUGAAGCAAAUUUGUGUAAAGAUUAAAAAGCUAAAUAAAUUUUGUUCCUCACAUUAGGAUCCAAAUUAGAAGUCUGAUUCUAAUUUAUUUUAGACAAUUAUUUAGUUGCCUGUAGCUCAGUAAGUAUUAUUUAGUAAGCGUUAUUUCUAAAUGUACAAAUACUUGGACUUCAUUUUCUGUAUCUCAUUUAUAAUUUAGUCUAGAUAAAAAUAAAUUGCUAGGAUAAUAAGGUACUUGCUAGUUUAUAUUUUCGUAUGAAUGUGUUGAAAGGUUGUGUAUGGAUUUGGCAGUUGCUUUGUAAAUAUUAGUGAGGCUUUAUUCAGUCUAUACAUGAUGAACUUGUUUGUAAGCAAUAGUUAUUUUACAAAAUUACAAACAAAACACAUUAUAUUGCGUAUGUUAUACAUGUAAGGACAUGAAUGCUGCCCAGCAUAUAUUUCUAUUGAGUAUUUUUUGCACAAUGUGCAGCAG